GUCGUCCGUUGUUGUUUCCAUGGGAGGCGGGACGCUUAAAAACAACAGUCGUUGACAGACGAUGCCACCCAAGAAGCCAAAGGACGCCAAGGCAAACAUUUCCAGCUCCAUCGAGUCUGAGGACAUCAGUCUUGAGACAACGGUCCCUACAGAGGACAUCUCGUCCUCGGAUGAGAAAGAUGGCGCAGGGAAAGUCACAAAACAGCUCCUGGAAAGAAAAGAACUACUUCAUAACCUUCAAAAGCUUAAAAUAGAGCUGUCCCAGAAAAAUCUGCUCAUAGAUAACCUCAAAGUGGAUCACCUCACUAAGACAGAAGAGCUAGAAGAAAGGCUGAAUGAUGCUCUCCAUCAGAAACAGGUGCUCGCUCUGCGUUUGGACAGCCAACUCAAACUACAGCAGGAUGAAAACAGGAAGCACCAGGCCCUGAGAAAACAGGAGAUGGACACCAUCAUGCUCAGACAGAAGCAGCUGGAAGAGAUGAACCAUCAGUUGUGUGAUCGGGCCGGUGAUCUCCGCAGAAGCCUGAGGGAUCUGGAACUGUCUGAGCAGAAAUACGCUGAGCUGAAGGAACUGCCUGAGGACAAACUCACCAUCCCAGAAUUUGUGGCGAUUAGGUUUUAUGAGGUUGUAAAUCCUCUGAGGGCUCUUGCGACGGAACUUCAGAUGAAAAAGACUGACCUGAUUGAGGAUCUGGACAGUCACCGCAAACAAAUUAGGUCACUAAUGGAGAGUUAUGAAGAAGAAAGGAGAGCACGCUCUGAGUUAGAGAUCCGCUGUCAAAGGCUCACCUUGGAACUUGCUGAUACAAAGCAGCUGAUUCAGGAAGGAGACUACAAACGAGAAAACUAUGACAAAAUCAAACGAGAGAGAGAUGGCUAUGAAACCGAGCUCAGAGAGUUAAAAAAGAAGUUAGAAAUCCUGGACCUUACACACACUGCCUUGGAAAAAGAGAGAAAUGACCUUAACAAAGAGGCAGUGAACCUACAGCAGUCAGUAACAUUGCUGCAGAAAGACAAAGACUUUUUAAACAGACAGAACAUGGAGUUGAAUGUGCGCUGUGCUCAUCAAGAAGACCGUCUGGACAGACUGCAGAACCAGCUUGAGGACACAAAGAAGGCUAGAGAAGAGGCCUAUGAAAAAUAUGUUGCUUCUAGAGAUCACUAUAAGACAGAGUAUGAAAACAAACUGCGUGAUGAACUGGAACGCAUUCGAAUGAAGACCAGUCAUGAGAUUGAGAGCUUGCAGAGGACUUCAAAAGAGAUGUAUGAGAGGGAAAACAGAAGUCUUCGUGAGACCAGAGAUAAUUCUGUUAUUGAGAGAGACCGAGCGCUAAACGCGGAAAGAGAAACUCAAGCCAAAUAUGAUCAGCUCUUAGAUCAGUUCAGGCAGCUGCAGCUGGGUUCAGACAGCAGGGUGGCAGAACUGCUCAACCAGGUGAAGCUGAAAAAGUUUGAGUUGGAGCGAUCCCAGAUGGUCCAGGAGGAGACAGCCAGGAACCUCAGCCUUUGUCAAAUUGAGUGUGAGAAACAUCAGAAAAAACUGGAGGUUCUAACAAAAGAGUUUUAUGGGCUUCAAACAUCAUCCGAGAAACGCAUCACUGAACUGCAAGCCCAGAAUUCUGAGCAUCAGGCACGACUAGAGACGUAUGAGAGGCUGGAAAAAGAGCUGGACGAUGUUACCAUGCAGGCUGCAGAGAUGGAGAAUGAAGAUGAGGCAGAAAGGGUGCUGUUUUCAUAUGGUUAUGGUGCAAACAUUCCAACAACUGCCAAGAGAAGACUGAAGCAAAGUGUUCACUUGGCACGCAGGGUUCUGCAGCUGGAGAAACAGAACACACUGCUUAGGAGAGACCUGGAGAGACAGACGGCACACAGCAGUCAGAUCUCUGAAGAGUUGAAUGCAGCCAAUCAGCUUCUCCAACAGGCCCAGCAGCCACACAGCUACUUGAUUGAAACCGUACGCCAGAGAGACUCUCAAAUCCACACACUGAAAGACCGUCUCACACACUUAGAAGAGGAAAUGAGUGCUCUGCGGAAAGAGAAGAUUGCACUAUUGCAGGUGAAAAACAACAUGGCUGCAGAUUUGGAGAGACUUCUUAACCACAGAGAGGAGCUUUCUGUGAUGAAGCAGGUCCUGAUUAGCAUGCGUGGUCCUCCAUCUGCUACUCUUCCUGAACUCGAGGCUGAUGGGACCGCAGUUCACAGACCCAAAACAUUCAAAAGCACAGAUGAAGAGCAAUACAAUUAUGGCCCCAAACCCACGGUUUUUACUAAAAAAGAAGUUCCAGAAUGGUAUAGAAAAGUCAAACGGAAAACCAAGUAGAGACUUGUUGAACUUGUUUAGGAUGCUCCAUGUCAUGCAAUCACAAAUGAAAGUCUGUUGAAGAUCCAUUACAUAACGAGUUACACAGGUUUGAUGUGUGGCCAUGAAGAAUGUGAAAAACUAUGAAUUUCCUUUUAAUGGUAAUAAAUCAUUUUAUCUAGU